AAAAAAAGAGAGCUGUAGGCGAUAUUCCAUGUAAAACUGUCACAUGAGUGAGACCUGCUCGACAAGUUGAGAUUAAAAUAAUUUUACAAGCAUUCAAACGGAGUUACAAACCCAUGCAGCUGUAGCAGGUUUUGUUUGAAGCAUUUUAUUUGCAGUCUUUAGUGUGACAAGAGCUGUUUACAGCUAUCCCACAGACUGGUUGAGACUAAUCCUGGAUUACAAUGCUCAUAUCAGUGUCCUUGUGGCUCAAGGGGUGAUAGACAGGCUCAUCGUAUGGUUUUUGACAUUUUAAGUAUCUAACAAAAUGUUAAUGCCAUGGAACUAAAAUUUUGAAUGUAUUUUGGAGAUCACCAUUAUAAAAACAUCCAUGAUUCAAGAGUGCGCUGUUGAUUUAUCAAAAUCGUUUUCUCAAAAGUGGAGUACUCACUGAACACUGUGUUUAAGGUCUAUGCUAAAGCCAUGAGUCACACUUUUUCUAAAAGGUUACACCAGCAGAAGGAGCAUGAACUGGGCAGGUAGUCUCCUGUAGAGUACUUCCUCAACCCUCCUGUGAUAGACACCUGGUCAAGAGUCUAUGCCAGAUCUUCUUACAGCUGUGAAGAUCUUGGCCGGCUCUACAGUUGAGAUUGCAGCAGCAUCUGUUGGUGAGACAAGUCUGGUGAAAGCUGUACGACAAAUAGAAGAAGAUGGAAAGAGUUUGGAUUCCCCGCUGGAGGUGUUAGAACCAGAAAUCCUGGAGGCGACCGCCGAGGUGAUAGCUAAAGAAGGAUCUGAAGAGGCUGCUGUUGAGGUGAAUGAGGAGGAGCUGAAGUCUGCAGAGGUGCCUACUGUUGAGGAAGUGGCUGACACAGAAGAUGCAGGAACUCCAGUUGUUGAGGAGGUGAUUAAAGAGGAGACAUCUGCUCCUGCUGCAUCAGAGGAGGAGGAGGUGGCAGCUGCACCUCUUCCUGAGGAACCUGCAACUCCAGCACCUACAGUGGAGGAGGUGGAAGAAGUUCAGGCUGAGGAUCAGGCUCUGGUCCCUGAAGCUGCCCCUGAGGAGGCUGUGACCUCUACAGAGGCCUCACCUGAAGAUGCUACUGCCGCUGAGGAGGCUUCACCAGCUGAGGAGGCUUCACCCGCUGAGGAGGCUUCACCUGCUGAGGAGGCUUCACCCGCUGAGGAGGCUUCACCUGCUGAGGAGGCUUCACCUGCUGAGGAGGUCACCACCACUGCUGAAGAUACUCCAGUGGAAGAAGAAACACCGGCUGUUGAGACAUCAGUGGAGGAGGCAGCAGCUGAAGCUCCAGCGGAGGAGACACUUGAAGCUGUGUCAACACACACAGAAGCUGCAGUUGUGUACUCAGCUCAGCUGGCAGCAGCCUCAGCCGGGUCAGACCUGGAGGUUCUUUCAGCUGCUGAACCAGAAUCUGCAUCAGAGGCUCCAGUGCAAGAGACCAAGCACUGCCACUCUUGUCACUCUGCUCCAUCAGCAGGAGAGGAGGUGGCGCCACCUGCUGCUGUAGAAGGGCAGCUGGAGGUCCAGCUGGUCAGUGCAGGAGCUGUGGAUAUAACACAUGAAGCCAAGGAGGAGGUGUCACUGGAGGAAGGACAAAGUAAGAACAUACUGUAUGAACUGCCAGUCAAACGUUUUUGAACACCCCUUACUUAUUUUAGCAUUAUCAAUAAUCCUACACAAUAGCUUCACCAAUUGCUUU